AUUAUCAAUUCGGUGGUAUUGCUGAUUCUGCUGAGCGCCCUGACUGAUCCUGACCAGUACCACCUGACCAGUGCUGAAUUAGGCGGUGAAUUUGAAUUUAUGGAUGAUGCCAAUAUGUGCAUUGCCACAGCAAUUUCUCUUCUUAUGAUUCUGAUCUGUGCAAUGGCUACGUAUGGAGCGUAUAAGCAACAUGCGGCUUGGAUCAUCCCUUUCUUCUGCUACCAGAUCUUUGACUUUGCUCUCAACACAUUGGUUGCCAUCAGUGUACUUGUCUACCCCAGCACAAUUCAAGACUACCUCCGCCAGCUGCCCGCCAAUUUUCCCUACCAGGAAGAGAUUAUGUCUGUGAACCCUACAUGUCUAGUUGUGAUUAUCCUCCUUUUCAUCAGUAUCAUUUUGGCUUUUAAGGGUUACUUGAUAAGCUGCGUGUGGAAUUGUUACCGAUACAUCAAUGGCAGAAACAACUCAGAUGUGUUGGUGUACAUUACCACCAAUGACACUGCGGUCCUGUUGCCACCAUAUGAUGAGCCUGUGAAUGGAGCUGCUAAAGAUCCACCACCACCUUAUGUGUCAGCAUAAGUGAGAGAGUGCCGUGUACCUAGGGAGGAUAGCUUUACUUUUCAGACAUUGGAGCAAUAGUUUGACAAUUUCACUUCCAGAAUAUAACCUCUAAGGGUUAUAUAUUGCUGUUUUGCUGACAUAUUGAAACCUGAAUUGUAUGAUUAAAAUUCUGUAGAUAGUUUUAAUAAUUUGCUGUAGCUACAGUAGUGUUUCAGAAACUAGUGAACUGGUUUCAGAACAAUUCUGGGUAGCACUAAGGUUACAGUAGUCACUGAAUAGCUUUUUCCACCGUGUCUGACAUGCAGUGCUAGAGAACAUAGAACUUGGAAUUCUUCAUCAGGUUCAGAAUAUAACUUUAUUUUUUUUAUUUGUAAAACUUCCAAAGCAUUACAAGUGUGUUUCUCAGAUGCCC